UGGUGGAGAUGCCAGGGAGACCUUGGCGUCUAGAAAGGAGCUCUGGCUGCCUCGGACCCCUCAGGGCGGAUGGCAACUAUCAAAAGGAAAUAGGAUCAUGGCAACAGAUGAUGAUAAUGGUGAUGGAACAAGCUUAUUUGAUGUCUUUUCUGCUUCUCCUCUUAAAAAUAAUGAUGAAGGUUCUUUGGACAUAUAUGCUGGGUUGGACAGUGCUGUUUCUGACAGUUCUUCAAAAUCCUGUGUGCCAUCCAGAAAUUGUUUGGAUUUAUAUGAAGAAAUCCUGACUGAAGAAGGAACAGCAAAGGAGGCAACAUAUAAUGAUUUGCAAGUAGAAUAUGGAAAAUGUCAGCUGCAAAUGAAAGAGCUAAUGAAAAAGUUUAAGGACAUACAGACACAGAAUUUCAGCUUAAAAAAUGAAAAUCAGUCUCUGAAGAAGAAUAUUUCAGCACUUAUCAAAACUGCCAGAGUGGAAAUAAACCGCAAGGAUGAAGAAAUAAAUAAUCUUCAUCAAAGAUUGUCUGAGUUUCCACAUUUUCGAAAUAAUCAUAAAGCUGCAAGGACAUCAGAUAUAGUUAAAACAAAAGAUCUUAAAUCCAGAUCUCCCAAUAUGGAUGAUUGCUCAAAGACUGAUCACAGAGCAAAAAGUGAUGUUUCUAAAGGUGUACAUCAUAGCACUUCACUGCCAAACCUUGAAAAGGAAGGGAAAUCACAUUCUGAGAAAAAAAGCACUUUGCAUUUGCCUACAACUGUUGAAAAACACUGCACCAAUGGCAGUUGGUCACGUACCCAUUAUCCAGUUAGUGAGGGCAGCGCAAAGGAGGAUAAUAGACGAGGGAGAAAAGAUAUUAGACAUAGUCAGUAUAGCAGGGGAACUGACAGAAUACGAAAAGACUUAAAUACUAGCGGUGGUGAUGGUGAACCGAGGAACACGGAGGCUGGUCAAAGGCUUCAGGGACGAACUGAGAAAUAUGGUAAAGGUGAACCAAAGGCUGAAAGCAAAAAUUCAAAGUUUAAAAGUAACACAGAUUUGGAUUAUAAAAGUGAACACAUUAGUUCUUCUUGGGAAAAAGAGAUCUCUAGAGAAAGGUCACACAGUCGAGUAGAAUCUCAAACUGACAAAAAACUAGAAAGACAAAGUGAAAGAUUACAAAGUACAAAUAGAAAAGAACUUAAAUCACAAGACAAAGAAGAGAGAAAAGUUGAUCAAACACCUAAAUCAGUAGUAAAAGACCAGGAUCAUUGGAGAAGAUCUGAACGAGCAUCACUUCCUCAUUCUAAGAACGAAAUAACAAAAUCUUCUUACAAUUGCAGUAAAUACCAUCUAGAAGAGAGAAGAGGAAGGGAAGAGUGUAAAAGAGACAGGGGUGUAAGUAAUCAUAGUUUUCAAGAAGGAAGGUGUCCAUCCUCUCUUUCAACAAGUAGAACUCACAAAUACUUGGACUCCAGGGAAGUUGAUGCUGUGCACCAAUGGGAAAAUACACCUUUAAAAGCAGAAAGGCAUAGAACUGAAGAUAAGAGGAUAAGAGAACGAGAAAGCAAAGAAGAAAAUAGGCAUAUGAGAAAUGAAAAAAGAACACCUAUAGAACAUUUUCAGAAGACUAACAAAGAAACUAAGAAAACCAUUUCUGAUUUAAAGAGACAGAAUGAGCCAAAAAAUGAUAAAGGUGAUGUUUCUAAUAAUGAUGUUUCUGAAGGAGUGGAUAAUAAAGAGCUUGCAGUUAAAGCAGAGAGUGGUCCAAAUGAAACAAAAAAGAAAGACUUAAAGUUGAGUUUUAUGGAAAAGUUGAACUUAACUCUUUCUCCUGCUAAAAAGCAACCUGUUUCUCAGGAUAAUCAACAUAAAAUAACCAAUACUCCCAAAUCCAGUGGCAUAGGUGAUUUGGAGUCCCUGGUGCAGACUGAAACAGUGACGUGUGUUCCUUCUGUCCGUGGACAUAUCACAGAGGAUAAUAAAUCAGAAGUACUGGAACCAAAGGAUGUGCUUACAGCACCAUCUGAAUCCAGGACCAGUAUCCCAGAAAGAAAAAUAGAAGAAGAAAAUUGUUUGUUUGUUAAAUCUGUUGAGAAUGCUUCACAUUGUGUCAUGCCUGUGCCCAUCUGUGAUGCAGAGACUUCCUUUCCAGCACCUGUGGAAAUGGAACAAACAGAAUCUUUGUUGCCAUCAACAGAAAUGGAACAAAUCAUUAAUGGUGCAGCAGUUCCUGUGGCAGUGGACAUAUUACAAACAAGUGUUUCUCAGAACUUUGACUUGGAAUUGGAUAACAAAAGAAAUGAUUUAAGUUCUUGUAGUAUUUCUGAAGGUAGGGAAAUGAAGGAGGCUUUUUCAACAGAAGUGGCCAAACCCAAUGACAGCAUUUUGCAGCCCUCAAUUGAAGAAGCUGGAAGUUUACCAGUAGUCCUUUCAGAAGAUGUCAACCCAAAAUUUGAGCCUUCUCUUGUAGAUACACCACGGGUUGAGGAUGUGUUUCCACCAAAUUCAGCUCAUUCUACCUCCAAGAGUCCGUCUAAUCUCAAUAAAGAAAAUCAAAAACCAGUUCACAAAUCUGACAAAUUUUCAGUAACAUACUCCCAUAAGAAUUUAUCUUCAGAUGAAUUAGAAGAGGGAGAAAUUAAAAGUGACAGUGAAAAAUCUAAACCACAAAAAAGUUAUGAGAAAAGUGCCAAACCUAAAGCUUCUACUGAAGUGCGGAAUACAAAAAUUAGGAAAAGUACUGUGCAUUUGCACAAAGACAGUGGAAAAACAUCUCUAAAAAUCCAUCAGACUGAAAGCAAAUGGAAUAAAAGACAAAGUGAAUCUAGCAGAUCUUCCAAAACAGAAAAGAAAAAUAAGACAGUGAGCACCUCCAGCCUAGAAAAAAUUGUUCCAAUUGCUUCUGCACCCUCUUCUAUACGAGAGGUUAUGCAUAUGUUACGAAUGAUAAGAAAACAUGUAAGGAAAAAUUACAUGAAAUUCAAAGUAAAAUUUUCAUUAAUACAAUUUCAUAGAAUCAUUGAGUCAGCAGUUUUGAGUCUUACAUCACUAAUUAAACACCUUGACUUAUCCAAAAUCUCUAAGUCAGUAACUACUUUGCAGAAGAAUCUCUGUGAUGUUAUAGAAUCCAAACUUAAGCAAGUUAAAAAGAAUGGCAUAGUAGAUCGUUUAUUUGAACAGCAACUACCAGGUAUGAAAAAAAAAUUGUGGAAAUUUGUAGAUGAACAACUUGAUUAUUUGUUUGCUAAGCUUAAGAAAAUCUUAAGAAAGUUUUGUGAUUCCAUAAACUUUGGCAGUGACGAUGAAGGAAGACUUGAAAAGAUAAAUAAAGGAAAAGCACAAUAUUCAAAUUGUCAGAAGGAGAACAGGGAUAACUGCAGCAAAGAAAUGCUGAAACAGAAGUCCCCCAAAUCAGAGGGUUUUGUUUAUUGUAAGUCUUUACUGGGAAGUAAAAAAUCUGAGGAAAAACAUGGCCAGAAUAACUCCAAUAUUAACACAAUAAAGCAUGACAUUAAAAAAAGUUUAAACACUUGUUCCGAUAAUAUGAAAAUCUCUCAUUCUGAAGAACACUCCUUGGAACUCAAGUGUCCAAGCACCCCAAAGCCAGGAAAAAGUGAAGGUGGUGUCAUCGAGGAUGCCCAGACAUCCCAGCAUGCAGCUUUGAAGCCGGAACGCAGCUUUGAGAUUCUUACUGAACAGCAAGCAUCUAGCCUUACUUUUAAUUUAGUGAGUGAUGCACAGAUGGGGGAAAUAUUUAAAAGUUUGCUGCAAGAUUCUGAUCUUUUGGACAGCAGUGUUAACUGUAAUGAAAAAAGUGAGUGGGAGUUAAAGACUCCAGAAAAACAGCUGUUAGAGAGUCUCAAAUGUGAAUCUAUGCCAGCUUGUACAACGGAAGAGCUAGUUGCAGGGGAGGGUUCUCCAUGUCCUAAAAUGAUUAGUGAUGAUAACUGGUCGUUAUUGUCCUCUGAGAAAGGUCCAUCUCUGUCUUCAGGACUUGCGUUGCCAGUUCAUCCUGAUGUGUUGGAUGAAAGUUGUAUGUUUGAAGUGUCGACUAACAUAGCUUCAAGUAAAGAUCAUGUAUGUAAUUCAGAAAAGAGUAAGCCCUAUAUAUCUUCCAUCCUUCUUGAAGAUCUAGCGGUCUCUUUAACAGUACCAUCACCUCUCAAGUCAGAUGGUCACCUCAGUUUCUUAAAGCCUGAAGUUUUGUCUAGUUCAACCCCUGAGGAAGUGAUUAGUGCCCAUUUUAGUGAAGAUGCUUUACUUGAGGAAGAGGAUGCAUCGGAACAAGAUAUUCAUUUAGCUCUGGAGUCUGAUAAUUCAAGCAGUAAAUCAAGUUGUUCUUCAUCAUGGACAAACUGGUCUGUUGUUCCUGGCUUUCAGUACCAUCCUGAUCUACCCAUGCAUGCUGUCAUAAUGGAAAAGUCCAACGACCAUUUCGUUGUGAAAAUACGGCGUACAGCAGCAUCUACCCCCCCUGGUCUGAAACAGAAUAUGGUGGCUGAUGAAGCAUUGGCAUCGUUGCCCAGAGUGGGAAAGGAAACUGAUGAAGCAGCAGAGAAAGAAUAUAGUCCAUGUCAGAAUGGAGCUUUUAAGGCUGUGGAAUUGAACAAUUCCAACAAAAAUGUUGGUGGCAGUGAAUUAGCUCAUGAAGAGGAGGACUGUAUGAUACAAACACAGGUUCCCGAUAUAUAUGAAUUUCUUAAAGAUGCAUCAGAUAAAGUGGGUCAUAGUAAUGAAGUGGCUGCUGAAUGUUUCGAGUUGCACCAAGUAUGGGAACCAAAAGUGCCUGGAAACAUUGAAGAAUUGCCUCCAGUGGAAGAAAUUCCACAUUCUGUUGAGGAUCAUCUUUCAAAUACAUACAUAGACCUCACAAAAGGUCCAGUCACUGAGACCAAAAAUUUGGGGGAAUUCGUAGAAGUAACAGUUUUAAAUAUUGAUCAGUUGGAAUGUUCCAGUGGCAAUUUGGAUCAAAACGUUCAAAUACUAGACCCUAUGCAGCCUGAUAAUGUAGGUGCUUUUAUUGAUUUGACAGAAGAUGUUUCCAGUGAGAGUAAAACUGAAGGUGAUCCUCCUGCUUUAGCUGUUGAACACUUGGAAUGUCAGGUGAUAUGUGUAGAUGAAGAUAACUGUAAGGAAGAAACGGUGCAAGAGGCAAGCAGGCCUUUGGAAUGCAUUGUUGAGGAAGCCUAUAUUGAUUUGACCUCGGAAUCUCCCAGUUCAUACGAAGAAAAAAAGGAUGAUUUAAAACCAGAGUCAAAUUCUGAUAAUUCAGUGUUGCUUGGGGCUUCGGAUAAUGCUCACAAAAAGAGAAAAAGCUUUUCUGAUCUAAAUGAUUCUCAGAAAAAACAGAGAAAGGAAACAGACUUAACCAGUAGGGAAAAGACCAAGCAAAGUACUCAAGAUUCUGGUGAGAAUGGUGAAGCUCACCAAAGGAAGGCCAGUAAGAGGAAGGCCCCUGCAGUGACCAAAGUCUCCUCAUCGUUAAAGGGCAGCCCAGGGAUUAAGGAUCCACCAGAAACACCUGCCACUUCUACAAGCCUUUCUGCAAAGAACAUUAUUAAAAAGAAGGGAGAAAUUAUAGUUUCCUGGACAAGAAAUGAUGACCGAGAAAUUUUACUGGAGUGUCAGAAAAAAGGGCCAUCAUUGAAAACAUUUUCUUAUUUAGCUGCCAAGUUGAAUAAAAAUUCCAAUCAGGUCUCAGAAAGAUUCCAGCAGCUAAUGAAGCUCUUUGAAAAGUCAAAAUGCAGAUAAGUCGCUGAAUUGGAGUCUUCAUUGAUACUGCAUACUCCUCAGAAGCUUGCAAUUCCUCAUGUUUUAAAUGGGGAAGUCGAGGGCAGUUUUACGGCAUAUUUCAUUACUAGAUAAUAAGCUCCAUUUGUUUUUACCUGCUGACUGUUUAAUCUCAAGUCAGCAUGCUCAGCUUGUCCAAGUCAUCCGUCUGGUUUGCUUGCCUGUUAUUGGUCAAAUACUUUUAAACAGGUUAGAACUUGUCAUUAACAUAAAAGCAGCAAUGAUGUUGCAUUGAAAUCUUAGUUUUGAUAUUUCACAGAAAUUACUUUUUCUUUAUUCUAGAUUUUUAAAAAUAUUUUUGUAGCAUUUUAAACACUGAUUAUUUAGUUUGCUUUCAUCCAUUUUUACUUGCUUUUCUUAUUGCCUCUCAUUUUGGUAAAUUGUAAAAUACUUGAAAUAGUGUAUCUGUAAAUAUGUAUAAUUAUAGUAAUGUAAAAUGUAAAAUACUGUGUGUGUGUGUGUGUGUGUGUGUACACAUAAAUGGCUUUGCCUUGCCAAGGAUUUUUUUUAUUUGUAUAAAACAGUUUUGUAUAGUUUGUUUUCAAUACCAGUAAUGUGUAAAUAAAACCAUGUAAAGUUCUGCUACAUUUUGAUUAGAAUGU